GAGAGGAGGGAAGGCAAAGCGAAGCAAGGCAGGGAGAGAGAGAGUGAGAGAGAGAGGGAGGCAGGGAGGGUGGGGAAAGCAAAGUCUCUGGCGAAAGCGAGGCGAGGAGGAAUCCCACAAUACCAGGCGGGUUGGUGAGCCUGUGGAGCUCCCGCUGUCUCUUUAAUGCAAGAGGAAGCGAUGCGGAGGGGUGGAAAAUGGCAGAGCUGCAGAUGUUACUAGAAGAGGAAAUCCCUUCUGGCAAGCGGGCUUUGCUCGAGAGCUACCAGAACCUCACCAGGGUAGCCGACUACUGCGAAAACAACUACAUCCAGGCUCCUGACAAAAGGAAAGCAUUAGAAGAGACCAAAGCUUAUACAACUCAGUCUUUAGCCAGUGUUGCUUAUCAGAUCAAUGCAUUGGCCAACAAUGUGCUCCAACUACUGGACAUCCAAGCAUCCCAGCUCCGGAGAAUGGAGUCCUCAAUCAAUCAUAUUUCCCAGACGGUUGACAUACAUAAAGAGAAAGUGGCCCGUAGAGAGAUCGGCAUUUUGACGACCAAUAAGAAUACAUCCCGAACACACAAAAUAAUUGCGCCAGCAAACAUGGAACGUCCUGUAAGGUAUAUUCGAAAACCUAUAGACUACACAGUAUUGGAUGACGUGGGCCAUGGAGUAAAGUGGCUAAAAGCCAAGCAUGGAAACAAUCAGCCUGCGAGAACUGGCACUUUGUCAAGAACAAACCCGCCUACACAAAAACCACCAAGUCCUCCGAUGUCAGGCCGGGGAACUCUGGGACGGAGCACUCCUUAUAAGACUUUGGAGCCAGUUAAGCCACCAACAGUCCCUAAUGAUUACAUGACCAGUCCUGCCAGGCUUGGAAGCCAGCACAGUCCUGGAAGAACAGCAUCCUUAAAUCAGAGGCCUAGAACACACAGUGGUAGUAGCGGAGGAAGUGGCAGUAGAGAAAACAGUGGAAGCAGCACUAUUGGCAUUCCCAUUGCCGUGCCUACCCCUUCACCACCAACUAUUGGCCAAGCUGUUCCUGGGUCAGCUCCUGGUUCCCAGUAUGGCACAAUGACCAGGCAGAUUUCCCGACACAACUCUACCACUUCUUCAGCCUCUUCUGGUGGAUUUAGGCGGAAUCCUUCUGUGACUGCCCCGUUUUCUGCUCAACCUCAUGUUAAUGGCGGACCUCUCUAUUCUCAAAACUCAAUUUCUAUUGCUCCGCCCCCUCCCCCUAUGCCUCAAUUGACUCCACAGAUACCUCUCACAGGCUUCGUGGCCAGGGUGCAGGAAAACAUUGCAGACAGUCCAACACCACCGCCGCCGCCGCCACCUGAUGAGAUGCCCAUGUUUGAUGACUCUCCACCCCCGCCACCUCCACCGCCGGUGGAUUACGAAGAUGAGGAAGCUGCUGUCGUGCAGUACAGUGACCCAUAUGCAGAUGGCGAUCCCGCCUGGGCCCCUAAAAGCUAUAUUGAGAAAGUUGUUGCCAUAUAUGACUACACAAAGGACAAAGAUGAUGAGCUGUCAUUCAUGGAGGGGGCAAUCAUUUAUGUGAUAAAGAAGAACGAUGAUGGCUGGUAUGAAGGAGUUUGCAACAGAGUGACAGGCCUGUUUCCUGGAAACUAUGUUGAAUCAAUCAUGCACUAUGCGGAUUAAGUUCUCGCUUCAGGUCAGGUCUUGUAUUCAAUCAUGCCAUAAUAUUUACGAGGGGUAACUAAACGGUUAACAGUUGUCUUAAUACUCUUUAAAAACGUGCCCAUCCUUUCAGGCCAUACUGUUUAAAUGGUAUGAUUGAAUGUUCAUCUGUAAGCAUUUGUCUCUGCAGAAUUUGUAAAACGAGCAAUUGUUUAUUACUGAUUAUGCUUAUUUACUUAUGCAUUGUUGAUUUUUGACCAGCCUAACUAUUCUGGGGAAAUAGGGUAUAUAUUUAAUGACUCAUGAUUCAAAUUGUGCCAUUUCGAUCUUUUUCAGUGCAGCAUGGUAAACUAACAACUAUGUUAGACUAACAUUAAAAAUGUGGUUGAAAAGUUUGAUAGUGCUGGUCAUUUACCUUUGUUUAGACUCUUGCUCAUCCUCAAACUAUAGUAUUUGUUUAAAAGCAUGCAUAAAACUUAUGUAUUGAAUUAUACUUUUUUCUUCAAAAAUCCAAGAUGCUUCCAAUUUGUUGUAAUCUUUUACCUGGAGUACUUUCACAAAGUCUAUUCCAAUGAGUCAUUUGAGCCUCUGAGGUGUCCAUGUGAAUCAAAAAUGGGUGGUCUUAUGUAUGUGUAAUUUGUACCUGAGUUUUUUAUGAGUAAAUUUGCAUUGACUUUUCCAUUCAUAAAUACAUAAGUGAACCAAAGGUCUUGUCCAUUACUUUGUUGACUUGCCUUGCAAAGCAAUAUUAAAGUGUUGACUUAGCAAAAUCUCAUCAGCAGAGAUACUUUUAAAAAUUCCAACUCUAAAACUUAACAGCCCAUGAAGAAAAAACCAAAUUUCUCUAAGUCCACCUUGUGUAAAAUAAAAACUACUUGGCAUCAUUCAUCAGGAUAGGAAACGCUAACUGUUUCUGGACAAUGCUGCCAGUCUGUCUUCAGGAAGUCAGCGUCUUAAACUGUAGAAGAAUACAAUGGGAGAACAGAGGGCAAAAAGCUUAUGGGGGUGGGGAUUUGUACAGUGGCUGACAAACUGUGUAAUGUUACAUGUGUGGCGGAACAUAACGUUUGCAAGUUGUACAAGAGCAAAAGUUGAGCAAACAGAGUUGCAUGAAAAUAAAGCUAUUAUAAUGGCUUCACAGCCAACUAUUGUGCAACUGCACAAACAUGUCAGCCAGUACAUUUUGGCUAUGGGAAGCAAUACUCACACCUCAUCUGGAAUCUUUCAGAUGCUGCCCUUAAUCUGGGGAACUCUGUGUGCAGAAAAAAUCUGUGCCUCUUCCUACAUGAGUUAUCACCCUAGCUGAGGAUAUGAUCAGCAGUCUAUGCUGAUCAAACACAAGGUGGGAAAAAGGUGCCUGUUUCUGCUUUUCACUGGCCCUCUUCUCUAAUUACAUUUUAAGUAGUGUGCAUGUAUGGUGCAGAAGCGCCUUGGCAGUGCCCAGGGAUCAGGUGUAGAUCCUUCCUUCCCUUUGGUAGGGUUCUGCUCUUCCAAUGGAACCUUGUCAGGUGUGAUUGCCUUUAGAGAAAAGAGUUUUAUAGCCUAACACAUUCCACAACAUGCAGGUGUAAGUGAACAAUCAAUCACAAAUGACUUGUUUACCACCUUAUUUUAAAGCCUUGACCACUUAACUAUGAAGGUCUCAAGUACUGCUGAGAAUGAAAUUGCAUAUUUGUAAAAGUUGCUACUGAUUUGUCUUCAUCACUGUAUUUAAAUAGCUUACUGCAAGAGGCAGCCAUGAAGACACAGUGUGUGGGCCCAAACAGACAAGUAGUAGAGGAGAGUUUGAUGGUGGGACCCAGUCUCCUAAGGAGCCAAACAUGCCAGCUUGAGGAAGGACACUAGCAAUCACAGCUUGUUUUGCUUUUUUUUCUUAGAAAGCACAUGCACUUCAUUGCACCUCCAUUUUUGAGUUUGAGCACAAGGUCAGAUGACAUACUUCUGGUCUCAGCUUGUACAAAACUUGUUAUUGUUUAGCUUAUCUAAGACAGAAUGUGAUUUAGUAAGGGAUUUUACUAUAUGUAGUAAGGAUUUAUUUUGGACUUAAGCACUGACCUAAUGGGUGUUAAACAUUUAAAACAAUGAAAAAGCAGGUGUGAGUGGUUGCAGUAACUCAUUUUCUAAUGUGACAUUAAACACAGAAACAUCCCUUGCCUUCUUCCUUAAAUGAACCUAAUUAUAUUAAAUGCUUUCUUGCCUUUUCCUAAUUGUUAACCUGUUAUUUCUGAAAUCAAUUAGCAACCAGUAAAACCUAUCUGUAUUUCUUUUAUAAAUUGGAACAUCUUUUAAUUUGUAUAUAAUCUGUUUAAUUACAAAAUUUAUGUACAGUCUUUUAUAAUAAACCAUUCUCCUUUAA